UUCUCUCCCGGUAGGAAGAUGGUGUCAGCCAGGAUGCAGUCGUGUCUGUUGUCAUUUUUGCUUUUGAACGUUUUUUACGGCGUCGUCUCCUCUCUGUACUUUCACAUCGGAGAGACGGAGAAGAAAUGUUUCAUAGAGGAGAUCCCUGACGAGACCAUGAUCAUCGGAAACUACCGGACUCAGCUGUACGACAAACAGAGAGAAGAAUAUCUGCCGGCUACUCAGGGUCUGGGGAUGUUUGUGGAGGUCAGAGACCCCGACGACAAGGUGAUCCUGUCUCGACAGUACGGCUCUGAGGGAAGGUUCACCUUCACCUCACACACACCUGGAGAGCAUCAGAUCUGCCUGCACUCCAACUCCUCCAAGUUCUCCCUGUUUGCUGGAGGCAUGCUGAGGGUUCACCUGGACAUCCAGGUGGGAGAACACGCCAACAACUACGCUGAGAUCGCCGCCAAAGACAAACUGACAGAGCUGCAGCUGAGAGUGAGGCAGCUGGUGGAGCAGGUCGACCAGAUCCAGAAGGAGCAGAACUACCAGAGGUAUCGUGAGGAACGUUUCCGUCAGACCAGCGAAAGCACCAACCAGCGGGUCCUCUGGUGGUCCAUCGUGCAGACGCUGAUCCUUGUGGCCAUCGGAAUCUGGCAGAUGAGACACCUGAAGAGCUUCUUUGAGGCCAAGAAGCUGGUGUAAACCUGUGGGAGUGUGUGUGUUUGAUGGUGUGUGUGUCUGAAUGUGUGAGUGGGUGUGUUUGGUCUCUACUGAGCGAUGCAGUACUGAGCGGCGGCGGUCGCUGCUGUCGGAGGAGAUGUGAUGCAGAGAAAUCCGGCUUGAAACCAUCUUUACUUUCUACUGUUAAUAUCACUGUUAUUUUAUCAGCCCUGUUUGUAUCGAGCCCCUCACUCGCAGUAGACUAUCAGGGAAAUGUGACAUCUCUUAUUUAUUACAAACAUGCAGAACCAUUUCUUCUGUCCAGAUUAUCAGAACCAGUCCACCUUUACCAGACAGACAGAUGGAGCUGUGUGUUUCAUGUGUUUUUUAAUUCAUUUGACCUUUUUCUUCCUUUUUACUCACUGUGAUGAGUCUAUGAUGUGUUACUGGCCACUAGGGAUGUUUUUCAAAGUCAAACAUGAAGAAGCCAUUUGGUAGCGUUUAAUAUUCAAUGGCAGGUAAACUCCAGGAGGAUGCAGAAGUUGUCUAAUAGCUCUUAAAGCCUGUUUCAGUUUCAGACUGUGAGAUUCACCUGCUGUUUGAUAAUUUUCCAGGGAGACUCACAGAUUCUAGAUCUGGCUUUAGGAGACGAGCAGACAUGGAGUACAGUCGGUGUUGUCAGCUGGCUGUCCUGGCGUGGUUCUGUUCAGCAGCGAUAAAUAAAGAAACUAGAAUAAAAAUGAUGAAAUCUUCGCUGAGAUGAUAAAGUCGUGUUUAUUUUCACUGAUGUGAAGUAUGCAACAUCCAGCUGGUGAUGCAGGAACGCUGUCAGAGGCUGCCCAAUCUGGAAUCAUCAGUUGUAUUUAAAAAUAAUAUUCAUAAUGAUCAGAAUAAAGCUACACACUUUAGGAUUAUGUGUUCAAUGAAGCCUAGAGUCAGGCAAAUCUGGUGUUGCAUGAGCCCUAAAUAUAAUCACACAGAAGAAGCCUCUUCAGACGAACAGAGACAGGGAGAGGGUGAAAUUUCAGUCAGACUUUAUUUCCUGAGCGUCGAUCCUUCUCUUCUACUCUCUAACCUGUUCGGGGAAAUUAAACCAUUUGUCUGUUUGUUACUGCGUCUGGAUAAAUCCUCAUUUUCUCUGAGUCCAAACUGAAUGUACCUUUCUGUUCGCCUGAUUCUGGCGUGGUGUGGUUUGCUGGUGGCGGCGUAGAAAAAUGACUCUGAUUCUGACUUUUCUGGUGUGGAUCAUGUUGCUCCUUUCAAACACUGCCAUCCAUCAGCUGAAAAUAACCCCAGUGAACAGGACAGGCAGUUAUUUGUCUUCUAGAGUUUUCCAUCUUCAUCUGUUGAUAUUUCCUUUAUUUUUUAUCUGGUGGUUUGUGUUUGAAGAUAGAUUUUUCGAGUUCAGAAGUGUUUUCCUGGGUUAUGAUUUAAAUUGGUUGGUUUAGACUGGACGAGGGGAUGAAGUGUUUUAUUUUGGAGAGAGUGUGCCCAUGUGAAAUCUGUCUAAAAUUGCACUCAAAAUAAAGUUUUGUCACAUUUGGUUUAAA